AUGCGACUAACAUGGAGCCUGGCUCUGCUUCUCUGCUCCGGCAUGAUGUCCGGAGCGAUAGAGCCCAUCUCCACCGGCCUCGCUAUGGGAAUAGCGGCCGCCGUCACCGGCUUUCUGGCCCGAUACCAGAACGUGCUGUACUACUUCCAGGAGUGCUGCCGGCCGGAGUGGAUCUCCUACAACAAAACAGGUCUGGAGGAAGACCUGCGUACGAAGCUGUUUGGGCAGCAUGUGGCCGCUCGGGUCAUCUUGAAGGCAGUUACGGGGUUCAUGAACAACGAGAACCCCAAGAAGCCGCUGGUUCUCUCCCUGCACGGCUGGACUGGCACGGGUAAGAACUUUGUGAGUCAGCUGAUCGCGGAGAGCAUUUACCGUAAAGGAAUGACCAGCGGAUUUGUGCACCUGUUCACGGCCACGGCCCACUUCCCCCAUGAGAUGCAUCUGGAUUUAUACAAGUCACAGCUGCAGCAGUGGAUAAAGGGUAACGUGACUAACUGCCCUCGUUCCAUGUUCAUAUUUGAUGAGAUGGAUAAGAUGCACCCUGGUCUGAUUGACAGCAUAAAGCCAUACCUGGACUUCUACGAAAGCCUGGAUGGGGUCUCCUACAGACAGGCCAUCUUCAUCUUCCUCAGUAACGCUGGAGGGGAGAACAUCGUGCAGGUGGCUCUGGAUUUCUGGACUGCAGGAAGAGAACGAGAGGAAAUUGAGCUGAAGCAUUUGGAGACAGCCUUGUCCCUGUCUGUGUUCAACAACAAGAAUAGUGGUUUCUGGCACACUAGUCUAAUAGACAAGAACCUGGUGGACUUCUUUGUGCCUUUCCUUCCUCUGGAAUACAAGCACGUAGUGCAGUGUGGCCUGGCUGAAAUGGCCGCUAAAGGCCUGACUCCAGAUGAAGAGGUGGUGGACCGUAUGGCACGAGACUUGAACUUUUUCCCCAAAGAGGAGCGCGUGUUUUCUAGGCAAGGCUGCAAGAUCAUCUCCAGCAGGCUGGACUUCUACAUCUAACUGGAAAAUAAACCGAGAGACGCUCCACUCUGUGCCCUAAAGAGUUGCACUGGUUCACAGUGAAAGUGAAUUGAACGGGAUGGAUUGAAUACGCCUGCCAACACUACUGUUGUCCUGGAUGGAACGUGCUGCAUUAUUUCCAUUGUGUCGCUCGUAAUUGAUGCAUUGGUGGGGCGGGGAUAGUUUUUAAUCACUCGCAAGGGAUUAUGGACCUUCUCUUUUAAAAAGUUUACUAAUUAAGAACUGUGAUGGCUUAACUCCUUGUUUUUAAGGAGGAUCACAGUCUAAUGAACGAUUCCUGGCAGCAUGAAUGAGUUGGGGGGGGUGGGUAUCUUAAAUGGUCAUUUUUUAUGACCUAGAGUAAAUUUUGUUUUAACUUUGUCUGUAAAUGGAAAACGCAACACAAUGUCUUAACCUGUAAGAUGUCAAAUCGAACUACUUUUGUCUGCCUGUUGAUUUUGACACAUUAUCAUUUUCAUAUCAAAUCUGAUGCAGUGCAGAACCGAACAUGUAGAUCACUGGAUCAUCACAACAGCAAAUAGUGACCGCAGAGUUGUCAUCGUCGUCUGCAAGUCCAUCUUGACCAAAUUAGAAACAACAGUAGGCUAAAUGAAGGACGCCUACCGAUGAAAUGUGUUUUCCUCAGCACUACAAAUGGCUGGUAAAAGUUGACAGCGCAGCUUUUCCUUUCCAAACACUGUCCACAGACUGUGAUCAUGUUUUGUGCUGUAUGUGAAAGAUGCAAUGCCUUUUGGAUGGAACUGUAUGAAAAUGAUUGUUCUCUCGUGUUCACCUCACAGGUUAAGGCUCUUGGGAUAAAGUUGUUUAAAGAAUGACGAAAUCUGUUCAUUCCCACAAA